AUGUCCGCCUUCGAUGGUAAUAAUUUCAAUGGUAUCAAUCAGCUUUCAUCAAACAAUGAGCCUGUUCCAAAUCGACACGUAUCAGACAAUUUUACAUCAUCACGUUCUUAUGCACCUGAAUAUCAUGCACAGGCAGCUUAUGCUACGCAACGUCGUCUAUGUGAACAAUUACGUGAAGAAGCUAAACGUGAACGUGUAAAGGUUUCAAUUGUUUGUAAAGAUCUCGUUCGUUAUAUAACUGAUCAUCAAUCGAAUGACGCACUUGUUAUUGGAUUUCAAUCUCCAAAAGAGAAUCCGUUCCGAGAUAAACAGCAAUGCUCAUUGAUUUAA